GUUAUAUGUACUCAAAUGAAAAAAAAUCACGCGCAGUUAAUAAAACAUAGUCAAUCAAGUAAUAAUGUUUUUGUACUUCUGAUCCACAAUUAUGGAUCUAGCACGGACAUGCACCAACCGGUCAUUUUACCAUGGCAUCAAAAAGUGGAUCUGGCAUCUGGCCAUGUAGUUCCGCUAAUCCAAUUAGCGCCACUGUACCAGUUAGGUUAGGAAAGCGUGGCCCCCCCCAUGUAUCUGUGAAUUUGUUCACAAAUUACAUAUAUAUUUUCUUCGAUUUUAUUAAACAGUAUAAUAACUUAUGGAAAAUUACGUGGUGGAAAACAUCAAUAAUGACUUCCUUUCACAGUCUUAUUCUCAAAGCAUCGAAAGGAUUACGGGAACCAAAGAUCACAUCUUUAAUUUUCAAAUACCAAAAAAGCUUCUGAAAGUUAGGGAAAAAUCUUGGGUUAAUUUGUUUGGCAAAUAUUCUAAAAAGAUGUCUGAUGAUAUAGUACUAAAUGUUGAUACUUUAGAACCCGAUGAAGAGGAAAUAGAAAAAGAAGUUUGUGAAGAAGAAUACACUUGUGAACAGCGAAUACCUAUGCGCAAACCAGCAAUUUUAAUACAAUAUUGGAUAAACACUGGUAAUCAACCCUAUAAAGCUCUUCUAGAUGAAAAUGAAUUAUCUGAUACUGGAGUGUCUCUCAGCGAGAAAGAUAUUACACUUUCAUUACAUUCGUCGGUUUCAAAUAUAAUAGAUGAAGGCAAAAAGCUGGAAUACAAGAGUGAGUCAUCCUGUAGUUCUGUAAACACUGCAGCUUAUAUUUUAUCAAAUGCAAAUAUUACAAAUAAAGCAGAUACUAUAGCUAUUAUAGAAAGUGCAAAAUGUAACAAAAAUAUUAAUUCUUUAAAAAAUAUUUGUAUUAAAGAUAUAAAAUUUACAUCCAAUAAUACUAUUCAGUGCAUAGAAAAUGCAAGAAUCAAUCGUGUGACACACAAUGACAAUAGCAAUGUUAAUACUAAUGUUCCAGAUAUUGAAUUGUGUUCGAUGUCGAAAGAAUAUAUAACAUCAAAAACAUGUGAUCAACCUACUACUAACGUAGUAGCAUCUGAUAACACAAUACAGCCUAACAUAUAUUCGCAGAGUUGUGAACAAACUGAUAAGAUGAAUGUGUUAAGUAUCAGCGAAAGAAGUUUAGACAUCCAAAGUAGAGACAACAAUAUUCAGCAGUUUAACGAAACAUUGGAACUGUUGACUGGAGAUGGUGAAAACAAUGGUACUUCAAAUCAAGAGAGGGACAAGAUAUUAGAAAAAAAUAAUUCUUAUAAGGAGGAAAUAUCAGAAAAUAUUGCACAAGAAAUGAUUACAAAUGAUACAAGUUUAACAGCUUUUUACCGUAAAAAAUUGUAUACAGGUAGGAAUUCUCCUAUAGAUUUAAUACAAACUGAAAAACAUAGUAUAAAUAGACUAUCUGGAGCAAUGCAAAGCUUACAUCCAGCUUUAGAUUCUGAUUGUAUAAUUAAGGGAAAAACAUUAUUAGUUCACAAAGACGAAAGUGAAAACUUGUCUCCUAGCAAAACAAAUCUUGGUUCUAAAAAAACGAAAAGAAAAAGAAAAAAACGGUCUUCUAUUUCUGAUAAAAUUAUUACUAAUACUAGUAAUGAAUCACUAAAUAAUAACAGUACUCAAAAUUAUAUUGAUAGUUCCUUCAAGAUUUCGUUAGACGAUACCAAUUCAGAUAAACGAGACGAUGUUUUGCUUUCAGAGCGCAAUAAUGCAAAUAUUUUUGUAACGAAUGAAACAUGCAAACAAGAUUUAUCUUCCCUUAAUAUAAAUCCAGUAGUUCUUUUGGAGCGAAUUGUACCUUCCUUUAAACAACAUAAAUCCAAAUCUGCCGAGAAUAAUCACAUCGCGCAAAAAAGCAAUGUAUGUAAUUACAGACAUUUAAACGAGUCUAAUAAGUUGUAUACUUGUAAUAUCGAAAAUAUAGAACUAGAAACGAUAGAUAGCGACGAAAGUACCAUUCUUGUUUGCCAAUGUAAAACUGCUUCAUAUUCAAAAGAGAGUGAUUGUUCUUUUAAUUUGAGACUAAGUACUGAAGACGACUUUUCUGCUUCAAAUACAGAAGAGAAAGAUGAUAAACUGUCAAGUUUGAAGAGUAUUGAUGUUAGUCAGGACAAAGAAGAACCAUAUAUUAUAUUAGAAGAAUUAUUUCCAUGCGUGUCAGUAAAUAAGGAUUGUACAAAUGUUGGAUCCCGAGAAAUUGAUGCUACAGUGGAACGAUUACCAUCAGCAAUAGAACCACAAAUCUUUAAUAAAGAUGACACUAUUCGGCAAAAGGUUGUAUUAAAUAAAUUUAAAACAUUUUCUUCCAAUUCAUAUCAAACAAACAAAAUGGGUAAUGUGAGAUCUCGAGAAAUUAAAGUUAUAUUGGAACGAUUACCAGCAUUGGUAAACAAAAAUUUUACAAAUACAACUAUGGAAACAGAAAUUAUGAAUAAAAGUAACAUCCAGCAGAAAGAAAUAUUAAAUAAAUUUAAAACACAUUCUUCUAAUUCAUAUGGAAUAAAUAGGACAGAUAACGUAAAACUCCGAGAAUUAAAAAUUGCAUUGGAACGAUUACCUCCAAAUAUAUGUCAUAAUGGUACAAAUAUUUUUGCUGAUAAAAACAUAAUUUCGAAAAAUACAAACUUGCAUAAUAAUAAACGAAAACGUCGAAUUAGAAAAAUAUCUAAAAUUUCGGCGUGUGAAAAUGUAGAGACGUCUAUUCAAACAGUUGACAAAGUUGAUAAUAAUUAUUCAUUUAGAUUGCGUACCAGAACUAAGAAACAUAAUGAUUCAAAAAUAAGUGAUACAUCGGAUAUUGUUGUAGAAGAUCAAGUUUUCGAUAAGAUAGAAUCCGAGUUUCCAAUUCAAUAUAAAAAUGAUAGCAAAGUGAGCCAAGCUAAUCAUAAUAAGUAUUCAGUUUUAACUUUCACGUCAUCGGAUGAAGAUGAUUUUGUUCGAUUGAUACAACGUCCCAAAAAAAGACCAAAAUUUACAAAAGAUGACGAGCUAUUAGACGAAACAAACAUCACUGAAAAGAAUUUGUGUAAUGAGGCUAAACUUGUUGCUACUAAUAAGGACAAAUAUCAUUGUAGUAGAAACUUAAGGACAGUAAUAUUUUCUUCAAAAAAGCCUAAAACAACAAGAGAAACUUUUGAAUCAAUCAAAGAAAGAAAAGGAUCAAGUGGAAUCGAGAUAAAAUCUUCCGAUAACACAAUUACUUCUUUAAAAAUGUGUGAAAAUGAAAAAUUUGUGUUUACUCCAAAUAAGAAUGACAAUGAUAGUAUCGCUAAGAAUUUAGAUAAAAGAAAGAAAAGAGCUUCUUUUCUUAACUAUAACAAAAACAUAAGUAAUAGUAACAAAAGACGUUUGAAUGCAAUAGUGAAAAGGAAUGGGAUAGAUUAUAAGGAUGACAGCUGUGGCAUGUUCUUCCAAACAAAAACGUUUUAUUCAGACUCCUCAGAUUCUGAAAAAAAUAAUAGUUAUACUACACCUAUUCGUAAGACCCACAAAAAUUCUUUUGUGCAUCAUGAAUUGCAAUAUCAUAAUCAUGACAAGUUGGAAGAAAUCUUUAAUGAUUCUAAGAGAUAUAGUAGAAAACAUUCAAGCUCAUUAAAUUCUUCCUUUGAGAAGCAUGAAGUCACCAAUCAAAUACACAAUAUUGAAAUUGAAUUGGGCUCAACUAGCAAAGAAGUUAAAAUAAGCAAACGAUUGGAUAAUGAAAAAUUUAAUGAUAAUAUUAAUUCAAGAAUUAUUAAUACAAAAAAAGAUACGUCUCCUUGUUUUAUAAAUGAUACAUCGAUACGAGAUACAACCACGCAAAAAAAUAUGUAUUCAAGUAUUUCUCUUGGAAAAAAUAAUUUUAGUAGUUUAUCAAAAAAUGAACAAAUCUCUGACGAAUCUAAGAAUGCGUCAGCUAUUCAACAAGACGACGUUAAAUCAACGAAAUUGUUAAUGUUUCAAACUAAAACUUAUUAUGACUCUGAUUCGAACGAUUCUUCAUAGUAUUUUUUAGAAAAUAUGUAUAUAUAUAUGAUACUCGUGGUAUGUUUGUAUAAAUUAUAUAGAGAAUAUAUGUGUAUAGAUGUAGAUAGAGAAAUAUAUAUGAAAUGAGAUGAAGUUAGAUACCGUACAUCAGAAUAGUAAA